UAGACUGGUAAUUUCCGACGAACCCUUUAGCGUAACUAAAGAACGCACGAAGUUUCUCGUGAUUCUCCCUUUUCAGCGAGACUUCACACUCGCUAUAGUCGAACAUGGCUCCACGUAAAGGGAAGACCCAGCAGACAGAACAGGUGGUUUUGGGUCCUCAGGCAAAGGAAGGAGAAAAUGUUUUUGGAGUUGCCCAUAUUUAUGCCAGUUUCAAUGACACAUUUGUUCACGUUACUGAUAUUUCUGGAAAAGAAACCAUCGUCCGAGUGACUGGUGGUAUGAAGGUGAAGGCUGACCGUGAUGAGGCGUCGCCGUAUGCUGCUAUGUUGGCCGCACAAGACGUUGCUGAGCGUUGCAAGACAUUGGGCAUCACUGCUCUCCACAUCAAGCUGAGGGCCACUGGUGGCAACAGGACAAAGACCCCAGGCCCUGGUGCUCAGUCAGCUCUCCGAGCUCUUGCUCGUUCGGGAAUGAAAAUUGGACGGAUUGAGGAUGUAACGCCGAUCCCAUCUGACAGCACCAGACGAAAGGGAGGCCGCCGCGGUCGCCGUCUUUAAUAUAUUACUGUAUGUGGUGACAUAAAAAAAAGACUUUCAAAGAAAAA